CCUGCCGCCAGCCACACUGCUCCUCCUCCCGCCGCUGAUUCUAUAUUACACUUCCUCUCAUGGCAUUAUCUCUCAACGGAAGAACAGGUAUGGCGUGGGUGGUGAUGACGGCGGUGGUGGCGGCGCUGGUGACGGUUGGGCACGCUGACGCCGGACACUUCUUCGCCGAGACGCCCAAACAUCUGCCCAGGAUAGGUCGACGGGGCGACCUGCCACCUCUCGCCAGUCUACUGACAGAGGACGGCCAGACCUCUGGGCCAGCUGGCCCGGGCAUGACUGAGGCGCUCGGCCACCUGGACAUUGAUGGCGAUGGUUGCAUUGGCAUCACAGAACUACUGCGUAUUCCUGUCGUCAGGAUGGCUGUCCUGCUCCAGAACCCUGCUCUACUUAGUCCUGAUGCCCGAGCAGAUGAGAGUGGAGAGAUGUAUGCAAGAGAUCUUCGACCCGAGCCUCGCCUCCUACGGUUCCUGCAGAAGUAAGAGAUGAAGGCGCUGGUGCGCUCACUUCACCACACUGAUCUCCAAGAAACUGUAGCCUGGGUUGUAGGAACACAAUGAGAAUGGCAGUUAACGCCACAGUGGUGCAAAGUUCAAAUAAUUUUUACUAACAAUCUUGAAAAUAAGAUUUUAGGGAUUUAAAAGCUUCAGUAUCAUACGUCCAUAGCAAAUGUAAUACACUACUAAUAAUAAUUAAUAAUUCAUUGUGUAAGGGGACAGGUAGCCAGAGUGUAUUCAUACACGUUAGGCUUAUAUCAAGGUCUCCUGCCCCCUAUAAGUCGAAUUACUAACACCUACCUAGGAUGCAACCCCACAAACUAACCCCUGAGUAUCUCCUUACUGCUGGGUGAACAGAGGCAAAAGGUGAUGCUCCCUUAGGUAGUAUAGGUAUAUAGAUUUUGACCGCAUCGACAACAUGCAGAAUAAUUAAUUAUUAUUAAAAAAAAAACAUUGUCCUUAGCUCCUAGCCUAAACUUUUUUCUUCUAAAGCAGAGAAUUUUGAUUUUGAGGUUGUAACAUUGACAUUGUGAAUGUAUCCGAUGAGGCUGUGGACCGUUGUGUUUAAAGUCGGUAGUUUGUGGUUGUUAAUGAGUUAGUUCUGAGGUAGUUAUCGCUGACCAUUUGUAUAUUGUAUCUUAUAUUUAUUUAUUUAUCUCCUUAAUACUAUUUUAUAUUUAUUAAUUGCUAAUUAUUUAAUGAACACUUGUGGGUAAUACAUAUUUAUGUAUGGAUGUAUUUCUUUGUUUUAUCUAAUUUUACAAACUUGUAUGUGUUUUAGAGUUUACAUAGUUGGCUAGUUUACACACACCUGUGGUGGGUAGUUUACACACCUGUGGUGGGUAGUUUACACACACCUGUGGUGGGUAGUUUACACACCUGUGUUGACUAGCUACCACAUCUAUGCUUCAGGGCUUACACACCUGUGCUUUACAAUUUACACAGCUGUGUUGUAAAGUAUACAAACCUGUGCUAUUGUUUACACACCUGUUUCGUCUAGUUUACACAUGUAUGUAGUCUAUAUAGCUGUGUUCUCUGGUUUACACACACACCUGUGUGAUAGAACCUGCACAUGUGUUGUUUAGUUUACAUACCUGCACUUAAGUUUACACAGCUGUGUUGUCUAGUCUACACACCUGUGUUUUAUAGAUUAAACAGGUGUGUUGCCUAGUUUACACAUCUGUAUUUAAGAGUUAACACAGCUAUAACUUUUACAAAUGUUUCACUGCAAUGUUGUACAUUACUGUAGGGUUGUACAGUGAUGUACUAAUGUACUAGAGUCAGAUUCACGAAAGCACUUACGAACCUGUACAUCUUUUCUCGACCUUUGGCGGCUUUGUUUCCAAUUAUUAAAC